AUGGCUCUUUCUACCUGCAACGUCGUAUCCAAUCCCUCCUUUGAAACCGGCCUCCUAACCCCAUGGCGCGAGUCUGCCGUCAACGUUGCUAAAAUUAGCAAUGGGACAACCGCCUACAGCGGUGACUACUACCUCAACCUCCAAACGGCAGUAGGAAACCGCGGCAACACCAUAUCCCAGGGCCUGCACGGCCUGAAACGACACACUGAAUACAAAUUCAGCGUGCAGGCGCAGGUCCCGUGGGCCGGUAGCGAGUACUGCGCCGUGUAUGUGUACAUGGGGCGGAACGCGACGGUGGGCAGUGUUGCUUCGGCGCAGCUGUUUACUGUCCAGGAGUGGACCGAGGUCUCGGGGACUUAUGUGCCGAAGCGGGAGACGGAUAUCUUGAAUAUUGUUGCGCUUUGUGAUUCGGAGGAUUCCUCGGUUACGGGGAAUGUAUUGUUGGAUGAUGUGAUCUUUGCGCCGGCUGAUUGUUAUGGGUUGGAAUAG